GCGGCUGCCUUAUAAAUGGCCCCCGAAUGCGGCGGAGCUCUUUCCUGCCGCCGCCGCCGCCGCCGCCGCCGCCUCGCCCGCCUCCUCCGCCCGCGGCCCGUUUGCAUGAAUUGCUCGCCGCCCGAGAUGGUUUGCGAGACCAAGAUCGUGGCCGAGGAGCGUCCGUCGCUCGGGGCCGCCGCCAAGGAGGGCCGCCUGCCCGCCCCCGCCGCCCUCGCCGCCCAGAUGUGGCCGCCCGGCGCCGCCGCCUCGCCGCCCGGGGCCGGGGCCGGGGCCGGGGCCGGGGCCGGGCCCGCGGGCGGAGCGGGGGAGCGGGCGGCGGGAGCGGCGGGGGUCUCCAUCCGGCCCUUCCACCCGGCCGAGGGCGAGGCGGUGCGGCGCAUCUUCUACGAGGGCAUCCUGGAGCGCAUCCCCAACACCGCCUUCCGCGGCCUCAAGGACCAGCCGCUGGCCCAGCUGCUCUACGCCGCCCUGGCCGUAAUAUGCUUUGUUGUGACCAAGUCCUUGCUGGUGAUCUGCUGCUUGCCUGUCUUUCUGAUGGGCACGAGGUACUACUUCAGUAGGAAAGUUAUCCUCAACUAUCUCGAGUGCGCCCUGAACACGGACAUGUCUGACAUUGAGCAAUAUUACAUGAAAUCCCCAGGUUCCUGCUUCUGGGUGGCAGUGUUAAAUGGCAACGUGGUGGGCAUCGUGGCGGCCCGAGGCAACGAGGAGGACAACACGGUGGAAUUGCGCCGCAUGUCCGUGGACUCUAAAUACCGUGGUAAAGGGAUCGCUAAAGCUCUGGGUCGGAAAGUGCUGGAGUUUGCCGUGGUCAAUAACUACUCCGCUGUGGUGCUGGGGACCACGGCGGUGAAGGUGGCAGCCCACAAGUUGUAUGAGUCCUUAGGCUUCAAGCAUGUUGGGGUGGUGGAACACUACUCUCUGCCUGGAAUGACCCAUUCGAUUCUAGAGCAAAUGUUCUUCCAGCUUCGCUACCACCGCUAUUGCCUGCAGCUGCGUGAAGAGUGAGGGAGCCUCAUCUUCAUGGCGGCCCUCCCCAGAACCUCCUGGCCAACGUUUUGUGGGGGUUUGUGUCAUGGUUUAUUUGCCAUCUCUUCAUUUCAUGUUCUUCAUUGGCUUUGUACCAGUCCUUGUACAAGCGAAGGGCCCUUCUCCUUCUCUGAAAUGCUUGUAGGGUGAUGGCGGCGCUAAUGCUGGAGGUCUGGUGGAUCUGCCCUUGGCCUGACCUGGGUCAAGGUCAGGAUGGACACGCUCACUCUCCCAGUCUUGCCCCGGUUAACCUACAUAAGCACAGAAAUGUCAAUGCAUAACAAGGCUGCUUGUCUGACGUGUGUCAUAAAUAAUAAUAAUAAUCUCCUUCCCCCCCUCCCCCCAAGUAUUAAAAAAAGCGAUACUUCAUGAUACAGCUCAGUGCAAAAGUUUUAUGUGAAUGCAUUUCUCCGUAUUUUAGUAGUAUGCAUUCACGUUCUCAUGAUAUAAUACCGGUUAAUCAUGCUGAAAGAAAAUGUGAAAAUCCUGCUUGCUAUAAUGCAUGAAGAGGAAAUAUUUGCAUGCAUUCAAACACACUAUCAAGUAGGCACUAAUAAUAAUAAUAAUAAUGCACUUUCUGGAUGUACCUCCCUGCUGCCCAAAUUCUCAAGAAUAUUGGUGCAUCUCACACCCGGGACUUGGUCCUUUAUCCUCGUUUUCUUCCUAAGCCAGCAAAUACGAGCCCUGAGCCCAAUGUAAUAUAUGUAAAUUACAGAAAUAUCAAAUAUGCGAAUGUAGAUAGACUUUGAGGUCCCCUGCCAGAUAUCUCCAUCCAGAGUGUUAAUUUUCCUUUAUUGAAGAGUUUUGUUUAUUACAUUCGCUUAAACGAUCCAAACUCUUUGCUUUUGCGGACUGGUUUCCCAGAGGCAAAAUGGAGACUUCUGUUUCUAUGGCAACACACCUGUACGCUAAUAAUGUGCACCAAAUCUGAACGCUUGAGAAAAAGCAAUAUGCAAAAGAGAGAGAGAGAGAGAGCUGGAGUUGCCGGUUUCAGCUGAAGGAGGCCAGGAAAGCAAAGACUUUAAUCAGUUGCUACUUGCUAGUGGGAUAACAAAUAUAGACGAGCUGACGUACAACGUCACUGCUGCUUUAACGAUGACACAUUUGUGAGUUGUACAGCUCCGUGCAAAAAGCAAUGCAACGCAACCGAGAUAUGGCAUGCUGUCUGUUGGAGCCCGGCAUGAAAACACCCGAGGUUGCAGCUUCUUCUGCCUUGAAAUACCAACCUCUAUUUCAAGAAAUGGCAACUUCUGCAUUAAUGACAUCCGAAUAGAAGCCAGGCAGCUUUGGGGUUUAAAAGGCAAUAGGUUCAGAAAAGCUCAGAAGAUUUCUGGUUGCCUUUAUUUUGCGGGGAGAAGGAAGCUGGAGGGCUGAGCUUGAUAAAAGCAGCUCUCAUUUAACAUUUCCUCCGGUUGAAAAAAAUGGGAUAGAAAUUGGGCCCCCCCACCCGAUGGGAGGGAGAAGGUCCCAGAGAUGGAUGAAGCCGAGGGGAGUAGAUGAGAGUAGAAAGACCCUCGCCAAGUCAGUCCUUUGGCCUGUCAAUGGAGGAGAGAAGCUGCGUUUCUAUUCGGUGACAGGGAGGCUCUUUGUAUCUUGCUCUGGUCUCAAAAUGAGGAAUGGGUGGGAAGAUAGGAAAGGCCGCCUGAAUUUUCCUCACUUCAGGGCCCGUGGUGAGGAGCCUGCAGUGCAGCCCCUUCCCCGUAGCUGUGCUUCCUGAAGACCAGCCGUAGCUCCAUCCUUACCCAGGAGGGGCACCGGUGAUGGGAGAGGGGCUUCCUCGUUGCUCCCCCCCCCCCCGUCUCAAGCGUGCAGCAACUUGGACGACGAGGCUCUUCAGGCUGAUGACCAAAUAAAGGGAGAAGGACGGGUCACAGAACACGGUUAUUCUGCUUCAAGGGUGACUGCCUUCCUGCCUCAGACGGUGCCAUGAGCUCAAAAUGGCCACACCAAACUGUGUCCCAGCAAUAAAACCCCUGAUCAGGACUAAAGACUGACUUGAUGAACAGAAUGUACUUACUGGAACCGAGUGUGUGUGCGUGUCUUGAUGUAGAAUGUAUUUUUUUUAAAAAAAGAAAAAUUCUAUGCUGUACAUUUCUCUUGAAGCUCUUCAAAUGUGUGCCGUUGGGGGAGGGGGGGGAUGUAGGAUAGAGGUGUAUAGUGUACAGAAAUUGGUACGAUAUUUUAUAGCUGUUUUUGGUGAUUACAUUAAACUGCGUAACCCAGAUGAAUAUUAUAAAGUGUUAGGGAAAAAAGGGAAAGGGAGGAACUGCUUGUGCCUUUUGAUUUUUUUUUCCUUUUGUGUUCUUCUGUUAUCUUUGCACUAAAUGGUUUCUGGAGAAUUAAUAGUUCUAUAUAGCCUAAUGAACUGAACGAUGAAAGUGAUACAUGACCUCUGUGGACUGCGAUGGAUUUUUAUUGAGGCACUUUAAGAAUGCGGAUGGUUUAAUGCUCGUACCGGUGGAGAUUUCCUCUUUCGUAGCUGGGUGACCCAACACCAGACAGGGAAGUCUACUCUGCAAGACCUUCACUGAACUGUCAUUGUAUGAUAACCUUUUUACAAUUGCAUAUGGGAGCAAGCUUCUGAAAAUACAUGAGUCUUGAAGUGUUGCUUACCCGGCUUCUGCCUAAUUCAUUCAUGCAGUUAGUCAAAGGGAUCUCUUGUCCAGCUCCUUGUAUCUUCUGUCCACUCCCUUUAAAUUACAGUACCUCAGCAAAGGGCUGACAGAAAACAUCCUUGACCUCUUUUUCUGGGCUUCUCCUGUAAGGUCUCACCUUGCUUUUCGACCACCAGGGAAGGAGCACUAAAUCUCUGCAGUGAAGGCCUUACGGAAGACGGAAGCCUGAUGAAUGUCUGUUAAAGAGGAGAGGAGAGCUUGAACGAUGGAUGGGACACACGAGGAGGUGGUGUUUUUACAUAGAAAACAUGAUUCUAAUGGACACGGGUGGUAAUAACCUGAAAGCAGAAGAUGCCAGGAGGGGAUUGUGUCACGUUCAAAGAGUGGCCGUAUCAUCCAUCUAGGAAUAAUGGGAAACACAUAUUUCAGUAUAAAUCUAGAGGGAACCAUAUUCUAUUAGGUGGUUUUACCUUGGAGGGGAAAAGAGAUGCAGGAUGCAGGAAACAAAGUUUCCAUCAAAUCUUCAUCAGCGGAAGGAAGAGGCCCCAGAUUGUGAUGGGGUGGAGAUGGGAGUUUAGAGCAUUUUACAGCUAUUGAGAGAAUAUGCUAAGUGCAGAGAAAUGCAAUCCUCCAGGGACUUAUCCAGCUCCAUCUGCGUAUGCUUUCAUCUUCAACCUGAUUUAAAAAAAAAUAAAAAAAUAGGUAUUAUGUUUUUGAAAAGGAUGUAGCAAUGAUGCCUGUACAGAGCUAUACCGAUUUACCAAACCUUUUUCCCAGUUGAGAGAGCUAGCACAACCAAUAGCAGCUUAAAUAGCAGCUUAAAGACUUGUGGUGUGAUUCUGUGCCUCCUACCUCACAAACAAAUCAAUUACGCCACGUUCAGUGGGCCUGUUUCCAGCCAGCUGCACGCUGAUCUAUGACUCUUCCUGGCAUCAGCAACGCCACGUCUUCAAGGGGCAAUAUUUUUCAUGUAUUAUAGAUGUCUGCCUUCCUAUGACUGACUUUAUAACAGGCAGGUUUCUCCUGCAAAUGCUGCAGAUAUUUUUUUGGGGGGGGGGAUUAUAGACCCCCAAUGCUGUAGGUGUCUUGGGCUGGUCUUUUCAAAAGAACUUGAUGUGAGGCCUGGCACCAAUUCCUGGGCCGAUGGGGAGCAAAGGCAGCUGCCAGUAUAACCAGGCCUGACUGAAUGGGGCUGAUUCUGAGCCUUCUCCUGGAGCCAAAUAUCUGGAUUUCCCCCCAGAUUUCUGUGUAUUGCGGGCUUUUUUGCUGCCUCAUUUCUCCAGCUUUUGCUUGGAAAUAUCCCCCUAACCAAAAUGACAGCAAAGCUGCUAUUUGUGAGGAUGAUUUCAUUGCGGCCAGUUUUGUGAAAUGAUCUCUCUUAAACUUGGAUUUCUGCUAUGAGUAAGGAAGGUGUUUGGGGUUUUUAAAAAUUUUGGCUUGGAGCAACGGGGCAAGGAGUUCUGGCACUGAAGUCUUUAUCACAGAGGUGGCUGCCUCUGUGAUAAAGGGGACUGGGGGACUGUCAAUCAAAGCAGCCACGAUCCUUCAAUCAAAGAGCCACCAUGGGUGUUGCAGCAGAUGGAGAAAAGGGGCUGAGCUUUGAUCUCAUGGUUGAGACCACCUAUCUUGGCUUCCUUGGCUCCUUUCCUAUGGACCUCUCUGCUUUAUCACAUCCACAAAACGCUCAAUUGUUUAAUUAAUCAAUACUUAAUCUCCUAAUUGAUUUCUUCCUGGAAUUUAUUGCAUUAUAGAAAUGUAACUUAGAAAGCCAAAGCUCUUAUGCAGCCUCCACCGAGUUUCUGCUCUACUGCUCUCCUCAGCUGCAUAAUUCCAAAAUCAUCCUGCAGAGAGAUACGUUUCUGUUUUGGCCUAUAGAACCAAGCGGUUGUAUUCUUGGAGUAUUUUGUUUGUGUCCUUUUUAUAGGCUUCAUAAGAUGCACCAAUUUACAAAAACCAUGCAAAUGUUUUGGAAAAGGUAUUUCAUAAGGGAGGCUCCUCAUGAAGCCCGUCUUCAAAUCAGCCGUAUCUCACACACGACAACUUUGGACGCCAUUUCCGGCUGUCUCCACCCGUGUGUGCAUUCACUUCUGGGGUUCCUGUGCAAGUCUGGAAAUGCGACUUGCCUGCUGCAAAGCUCCUCUUUGGAAGUGACUCGCCCAGAGGGGUCACCCAGAGGCCAAGAGCCUGAAAGUGCUUUCACCCACAGAAAUGACUCCUGGAAAAAGUGCUCUGAAAAUGGGCUAAAAGCUCCAUUAGUCACGCCAGGUGGGCAGUUCAGGAGCUCCUGAGGGCUUCUGACCGUCUCAGCAGCUCUUGCUUUUCUUUAAAUUAGUGGCUUAUCUACCACUUGCUCCCAAGGUGGAAAAUGGGGCCCGUGGCUUGAAUCUCACAAAGUGGGAAUACCUUAAAUAAGAGCCUCUCCUCUCCUUCUGAUCUGCUGCAGGACGGGGGGCAGUCGCAAUGUUUUCCAAAUACUUGAGACAGCUUUUCAGCCUGUGUUUAGCUUGAUGCCUUUUGUCCUCUUCAAUUUCCAAAUCUAGACCCCGCAGGACCCUUCUCCUUCUCCUACGAUCAUUAGAAGAAGCACAAAGGUUUCUAGCUUUCAGCUCCCAGAACUUUUGCUGUCAAAAUGUGUGACAUAUCUGAGCUUCUUCCAAACUGGAUCGCUCAGGAUUUUGCUAAAUCUGUCGUCCAAGUUUUAGCUUUGCUUCCUUGAUACAGGAUGUGCCUGAUCUUCUCUGAUGGCGGUUAGAUAACGUUUCUCUCAAGGUUACGACUCGGCUGAACUUCACCAAACAAGGCUGGGGCUUAUAGAUUCUUCUACGGCUAGGUGGCGGGUAUAUUUAAUUAUUUACCCGCCCAGCUUUUUGAAAAAUAUAUAGAUGAUAUUACGGCCAGUCAAGCUUCUUUAGAACAAAUUGGACAUUAGAAUUUGAAUUCUAAAAGUUUACUGCAAAUCCAAGCCUCUCAAUAGAUGUCAGUACAAAAAAACACCUCGUUUAUUAGUGAAGCAGCUAAUGACUUCGCAGGGGCCUUCUCUCUGCUUUUACAUCCACCAGUUAUCAUCGGAUGACAAGCCAAUCUCUAGCUUUGGAGAGGUUAUAAUAUAUGCCGUAGGUGCAUGCAGUCGUGUGCACAUACAUGAUGAUACUACGUAAUCAUAUAUGUAAUAAUCUCUCUAUCUCUGAUAUAUACAGAAAAUAAGCAAUGGCUCAGAUUGAACAGCCUAUUUGUAUGUUGUUUGAAUAUGUCCAAAAAAAACCCUAAAAUUUUCUGGGCAUAGGCUUUAAAAUGAUGCUUGUAUUUAAGCCAGUAUAGUACCAUCUUAUUCUACUCCAACCAUUGUUGUUAUUUCUUUAUUUAUUUAUCUGUACGAAGUUAAUAUAUUUCAUAAGAGAUUUUCUAUCCCACCAAGGCUGUUUCUCACUGACGCUUAAUGACAGGCACGUCAGAGCUCUGAAGCGUGUUUCCUUCUGCCUUCGAGAAAGAGUUUUCAGCGAUGAAAGUCUCUUCUUAAAAAUAGCCCCCUGCUUUCAUUCCCAAAGAGGCAGAAAUGGGCCUGGGUCACAGCCUCCGUGAAUGACACAUCCGGCUUCGGUACUUAGGGAAGUUUUAGAGAUGUUGUAUCUCAAACGUGAUGACUUUUAAAAUGCGUGGACUGGCUGGGGAGUUCUGGGAGUUGAAGUCCACAGCUGUUCUUGCGCUUAGUUUAUUUCAGGAGCUUUGUUUCUUCCCUUUCUGGAUCGAGGUCUUCUUAUCCUCCAACCCACUGUGGUCACUGCAGGCCCUCGGUGGCUUUCAUCUGUAUUGCCUUAGUCAGUUGUGUUAAUCUUCUUUUCCUUCUCAGUUCUGUGCUUUGUUUUUGGGUUCUCCCCUUUUGUCUGUUCUCCACCUUCAGGAAGAGAGACAUAACAUUACCUUAAAGGGCCUUUUCUGAAAACCUCUGGAGCCUGGAAGUAAGCUUUCUCCCAAUGACUAAUGAACAGUCCUCCUAUCUAAUCUGUCUAGAUGACAGACACGUGAGCCUUUGCUCACAUUGCCAGCGUUGACUGACUCAUCCUCGGUGCACUUCUGUGGCCCCACCAAGGCCACCCUGCAGCCGGAGAAGUGAGUGACGUCUCUCUGAGGAUGGCCCAGCCCUUGAGCAAAGCGAGAGAAAGCAGAAGGAUGGCUGUUGCAAAGCACCACAUCUGGAUGCAUCCGCCAGGCAAACCCAAUACAAGGUUCUGGGUCCGAAGGGGGCCUUCGGCUUGCCUACGUGUGACCCGAUGCCCCCGCUCUGAGUUCCCAGAGUUCUCUUCACUGGGCUAAACAGCCGUUCAGGAGAUAAGCUGUCAACUGACUCACUAUCUUGGGAUUGUUUAGGUCUGUGUUGUUUUCAUCCCUUUCCCAACCUCCCCCCAAUCACUCAAAGACUCGUCAACGCCGGAUGUUUAUAUCCGGGCUUGGCAUUUGAGAUGUUCUGAUGGUGUUGAGGUGGCUCAGGGGGCUGCUGGUGGUCUGGUCCUUCUCAAGGCCAAAGCUCUCCCUCUUUUUCGUACUUCUGCCCUUUAUAGGCAAUCUCCAGUACUUUUGUCUCCAGUUAUGCAGAUCUUCCUCUUCAGAUUAUCUGUCCUCUCACCUCUUCUCAUCAAAAAGUUGUUAUGCCAUAUUUCAACAGGAUAGCUCAUUGCACAGGGGCCAUGGAAAAUUUUCACCUUCUCAUAGACCACCCUCACUUUGGUGGUUGGGGGUCUUCCGCAGAAGCCUUGGUAGUUUCUGGUUUGGAAAACCUACCCUUAACUUCACAAACAAUGACAGUGUCUUCUCUACUGCAAAACCCACCUGCUUUGGCUGAUUUACAAUCCUUACCCAUAAUGAUGUUCAAUACGACACUCCCUGGCUGCACCAUUUCCAUGGUUCCCCCCAUUGAAUUCACCCAGGCCGUCCGAAGGGAUUUCAGACUAAUCUGAAGGGGAUGCAGGGUCGGGCUAGUGACCUUUGACCCCAGCCUCUUUCCAUCUCUCGCUCAGAAUCUCCCGUCACCCUCCGGCCACGAACUUCCCAGUCUUUUCCUUCUGAAUCUUCUCAGCUGCCCUCUCAAUCAAUGUCCAUGGCUUCUUCCAGUGUUAUCGCCCCCUCCCUAGAAAGGUUUGUCCCCAGAAUAAGGUCACUUGGUCUGAACUCCAAACAGUCAAACUCUACUUCAUUCUGCACCUAUUCUAGACUGAGUGCACGUUUCUUUUUGGAAAUGACGGCUCCAAAGCGAACUGCUCUCUGCUCUCUUGCACAUCCAUAACGAGGAGAUACUAAUCGGCCCAUGGAGAUUAUCGGGACUUGGUCUCCAAGAAAAGCCUUGUUCCUGUCCCUUUCCCCAUUCAGAACUUGGGAGGAUCUCUUCAGUUUCUUGAAUCGCAAGGAGGCUCCUUCUCGUUUUUAGCAUCAAACUGGUAUCCCGUUGGCUGUUUUUCCACUUCUCACCACGUCGUGAAAGUUUUCCUUAAUCUUCGCCCAUCAUAUUAAAUCUGGUACUGAUGUGAAGUUCAUUCCUUGUGUUGACAAUGUGUGUGCAAAAGUUUUCCUCCUAAGAAUACUUCCUCACUGCAGAUUCUCUUCCUUGUUACAAUUAUUUUGGUAUUGAAGUUUGAGAGCGUGCUCGCUUCCAUAACAAUAUCUUCAUAUCGGACCUUUUAUCUUCUUCCAAAGAAUCCCCCACCUCCCUUUUUGCAGGGUCUGCCGUCUCCCCCAGACAUUCUGCUUCAUGGCCUUGAUGUAGGUGGUUAGUAGGACUCUUUCCCCAAAAAACUGACCCCCCCUUUUUUUUUUUAGAAUGAUCAACCAAUGCCUUAAUGUUCUAGGUUCCAAGGAAGCGCUCUCCAGACUCCUGUCAAGACUUUUCAAAAUAAACACGUUGUUAAAAGGGAUAUUCUUUUGUGGUCGAUAACAACAUUACUGGUAUAUCUUACAACCAGGACAUAAUAUUCCACUUUCAUUGAAAUUCUAGGCUUAGUUUUUAAUCCAUUCAAGAUCCUUCCUUUCGAAAAAGAGUUUUCACAGCUUGUAUGAUGCCCCAUCAGGUUCAAAGACCACAAUGAAAAAUGAUUGAUUAGAUACCUGAAAAUGGUUCCUGAAGUGGCCACCUGUGAAUUCAUGCAACUGUUCCCCCAGCCACGUUUGCAGAGCAUUGACUAAGCUUCCGGUUUCAGUAGAGGUAAUCCUUGACUUACAAAUCGUUUCUUUCGCAACCAUUCAAAGUCAUGAGGGCACUGCAAAAGUGUCUUAUGACUGGUUCUCGCACUUAUGACCAUCUCAGCAUCCCCACAGCCACCUUCUGGGCAUUUGACAACCAAUAUGUAUUGUUGACAGUUGCAUCUUCCUGGCUUCAUGUGUGAAGGCUAUUGUGACCUUCCCAGCUGGCCUCCGACAAGCUGAGUCAAUGGGAGAAGCUGGAUUCUCAUAACAAGCAUGGCAAUUCACUUAGCAACUGUGGUGAAAAGGCCGUAAAAUCAGGCCUGACUCACUUAAUGGUUCAAUUGCUUAGGGAUGGAAGUUCUGGUCCUGAUUGUAGUUGUAAGUUGAGGACUACCUCUACUAGCUAGAUCAGAGGAAAGGCUGGCCCAAGCAUUGGCCAUCGGAGAGAAGAGAGGUCUGAGCGGGACAGGGCAGGAUCUGAUGUCCUGCAAAAUUCAACCCAUUGGGUUAAAUUGUGUGUCUGCGUGUGUGUAUUUACCGUACAUGCACAUACACUCAAUUGUGGUUUAUUCAGAUUAAUCUGUGGGAAGUAUGUUUUUGCCCUCUGAGCUGCUGCUUUAGCUCCAGGUUUAGUCAGGUGGCCUGUGGCUCCAACUGGGCACCCAUCUCCUCCACCCUCUUUGCCCAGCCUGCUCCCGUCUGCUCUUCUUCUACAGCCCCAACGUAUUUUGCCAGCUUCUUGUGCAUUUUCCUGUGUAUUUUCUCUGCCUGCAACACCCAGGCUUCAUGGUUUUAUGUUAAGGUGGGGGUGACUUUGUAUUUCAGGAUACAAUGGGGGUGCGCUGGCCAGAUUUGCGGGAUCAGUUAUGUUUUUCCAUCAGAUCUGCCAGCCGGAGUCUCUCUAUGCUCCGGCUGUGACUUCCUAAACUGCAGACUAGCCGAUCUCAUUUUAGCCUUGUUUGUUUGGGGAACUCGACCUGUUUCGUUAGCUGGUGGUUCCGUGUGUUUCCCAUGAAUCCAGAAAACGGGAUUGUGUUAACCAUGGGUGAGUGUGUUACGCAAACACAACCUAUGUCUUUGGAUUACUAUGAUGGAAAUGAAAUGCGGGUAUCAAAUUUUAUAAAUAAAUAAAACAAACUAAGAA